GAAUGGCAGCCAUUAUGUUCUUUCCAGUUACAUUAUAACCCACAAUGUCCACAAAUAUAAAUGCCAACUGUUUCCAUGGCAACUCAGACGCAUCAGCUUGCCCAACCCAAACCCAACCGACUCAGAUAUCCAGACCGUCGCUCUGUUUACUGGCUGGAUGAGCUGCCACCUGAGAAGACCGGAUCCACCACUAAAAUUGAGUUAACCCCUCGCUGGUCAGAGCUGUGUAAAACUAAAAAGCUCUACACUCAAGUCACACUUUCUCCCAUAUGGGAGGUGAGUGAAUGGGCUCUGAGGGCUGUUCCUUCCAAGCGGCUGCAUAGCCUUGCUCAACCUCGGGUUCCUGCAGUUGGCUGGCAGCCGGACCGCCAACUGUUGGCCCCUUUGAGCAGAGCGACACAGACGGCAGUCGCCACCUCACGGAUUUGCCAGCUCGCCCAGCCAAAGAGAAGGCAGGUUCUGGAGGGCUCAGGCCACAAAUCAAAACCUGUAUCCAUGACCCACUUGCCCUGCAAAGCAUCAGCACACAUAGAGCUGCUUUCCACCCCUAAGCACGACCACCCCAAGUUCGAAGGAGAGCGCUCAGUGUGCUGGCCCGUCUCCAGAGCAGCGAGAAGCCAUGUAGCCAGCCACAGACUUCUUGAGCUGUCCACUCCUAAAGAGAGGAAGGCUCUGUUCGAAGGAUACAACCCAUACGUCGUCAGUCGGGCUGCACGCUCUGCCAGUCCCUCGCCUCGGAUACAGCAACUCUGUGUGCCUCUGCCUCGCAAGUGUAGCUCAAAGUAGGAACGAUGACGCCAUGUGUCUGGUCCACAGAGAGGUGUUGAUUGUUCUCCUUUUCCUCAUCCAAGAGUUUAACUGUGAUAAAGUUUUUUUCCAUGCAAAAUGACAAAGGCCUGUUAUUUGCUGUUAUGUGAAUACUGUGUAUGAUCUUAUUUACUUGUGACCCAACUACAAUUUAUCUUCUGCCCAAUUAUGAUGAAGAUCAACCCCUUCAAGUCUUUGGUUUACUUUGGAAACACCAACUUGUCAGGAAAGGUUUAGAAUAAAGCUGGUUAGAGUGGAAGUGGUUUUGAGACAUCGAUCAAAAACCGCCUGAACACAUUACUCACACCUGUGUUAAGUGUAUAAUGCAUUUUUAAUAGCUACCAUUGUGCUCAUGUGCCCCAUUAGUAAUAAUGAACAAGAUGACUUGCCUGAUUGUAGCAACGUCACAGUUGGAUCAUGAAAUAAAACAAACAACCAGGGAGAUAUUUUUGAUAGCAGAUGAAAUUGCAUUGAGACACCCUGCAGCACACAUCCUGUAGCCACAUCCUUCACUUUUUAAAUUGUUUUUCUUAGUCAUUGUUAACAUCAGGCAGGCAGAAGUGAAUCAGCGCCACAGUGAAAUGUUGAAAUAUGAACGAUCAUUUUUAAAUGAAACAAGGGGG